CGCCGCCGCCGCCCCGGCGCUGGGCUUCCGCCGCCCGCCAGGCCCGGGUCGUGUCCCGUGUCGUGUCCCGUGUCGUGUCCCGCAGGAAAUCGAAGAGGGAAAUCACUUCAAAUCACCAACCGAAACCUGUUUGAAGCUGAGAAGUCUGAGAUGCAUUAGAAUUCAGAGACCUCCCUUUGCUUAAGCGUGCAGGAGCUGAGGAGGAAGAGCAGGGCUUGCUGUGGAGGGUCAACAUGGAAUCACAGCAUCCUGACAGUUGGGAAAGACCUUGAGGCUCCUGGAGUCCAGCCACUCACCUCACAUUGCCAAGCCCACCACUGAGGUAUGGUGUGAAUAUGCGUUGCUUGGCAGCUCGGGUCAACUACAAGACUCUGCUGGUGGUCUGUGCGCUGCUGACGCUGGUGCUGGUGCUGCUGUGGAACCGCUGCUCGCCGCACAGAGCCGGCCCCGGGCGCCGCGCCGCCAGCAGCAACGUGGGCUGGCAGCACAGCGAGGAGGCUUCGCCCCACGAGCAGCAGCUGCAGCAGCGAGCCCCCCCCGUGGCCGGGGGCUUCAACGGCAACAGAGCCCCCGCGCCCAAGUACGAGGAGAUCGACUGUCUGAUCAACGAGGAGCACACGGUGAAAGGCAGGAGGGAAGGCAACGAGGUGUUCCUGCCCUUCAGCUGGGUGGAGAAGUACUUUGAGGUGUACGGGAGGAUCGCUCAGUACGAUGGCUACGACAGGUUUGAGUUCUCCCACAGCUACUCCAAAGUGUACACCCAGCGAGCACCGUACCACCCCGACGGGGUCUUCAUGUCCUUCGAGGGCUACAACGUGGAGGUUCGAGACAGGGUCAAGUGCAUCAGCGGCGUUGAAGGUGUGCCCUUGUCCACGCAGUGGGGACCUCAAGGCUAUUUCUACCCCAUCCAGAUCGCACAGUACGGGCUGAGUCACUACAGCAAGAACCUGACGGAGAAGCCGCCUCACGUGGAGGUGUAUGAGACGGCCGAGGACGGGGACAGGGGAGGCCGUGCUGGGGAGUGGACGGUGCCCAGGGGCUGCUCCCUCUCCACAGUGCCUGACAAAGCCAAGUUCACCAGCGUCAAACACUUUGUGGCUCCAGAGAGCAGCGAGGGGGUGUCUCUGCAGCUGGGCAACAGCCGAGACUUCAUCAUCUCCUUCGACCUCAAGUUGGUAACGAACGGCAGCGUCUCCGUGGUGCUGGAGACGACGGAGAAGAACCAGCUCUUCACCGUGCACUACGUGUCCAACAGCCAGCUCAUCGCUCUCAAGGACAGGGACAUCUACUACGGUGUGGGCGCCAGGACUAGCUGGAGCACCCUCACCAGGGACCUGGUGACCGACCUGCGCAAAGGCGUGGGGCUGUCCAACACCAAAGCCGUCAGGCAGACCAAGAUCAUGCCCAAGCGAGUGGUGAGGCUGGUGGCCAAGGGCAGAGGCUUCCUCGACAACGUCACCAUCUCCGCCACCGCCCACAUGGCGGCUUUCUUCGCCGCCAGCGACUGGCUGGUGAGGAACCAGGACGAGAGGGGAGGUUGGCCCAUCAUGGUGACCAGGAAGCUGGGGGAAGGUUUCAGGUCCCUGGAGCCGGGCUGGUACUCGGCCAUGGCGCAGGGCCAGGCCAUGUCCACGCUGGUGCGCGCGUACCUGCUGACGAAGGAGCAGGCCUUCCUCGGCGCCGCCCUGAGGGCCACGGCCCCCUACAAGCUGCCGUCGGAGCAGCGAGGGGUGAAGGCCGUCUUCAUGAACCGCCACGACUGGUACGAGGAGUACCCCACCUCGCCCAGCUCCUUCGUGCUCAACGGCUUCAUGUACUCCCUCAUCGGCCUGUACGACCUGAAGGAGACGGCGGGGGAGAAGCUGGGCAAGGAGGCGCGGCUGCUGUACGAGCGGGGCAUGGAGUCCCUCAAGGCCAUGCUGCCCCUCUACGACACCGGCUCGGGCACCAUCUACGACCUCCGGCACUUCAUGCUGGGCUCUGCUCCCAACCUGGCCCGCUGGGAUUAUCACACCACCCACAUCAACCAGCUGCAGCUGCUCAGCACCAUCGACGAGGCGCCCAUCUUCAAGGAGUUCGUCAAGAGGUGGAAGAGUUACCUGCGAGGCGGCCGGGCCAAGCACAACUAGAGCUGGCGACCAAAGGCCUCGGCCCCGGGGACGCUCCCAAAGGCGGCUCCUUCCCCCCCCCCACGUCCUGUACAGACCAUUGCCAAGAAGUGAUCCUUAAAGCUGAUCUCGAGUGGCUGCACCCAGCGGGAAGGGGGCUGGGCGGGAUUCGGGCACCUCGCCUGUCCCUGGUGCUCCACAGCAGAGGCGUCCGCGCGGAGCACGAGCCCCGAGCCCGUGGGCGAGUGGUGUUGGCUUUGAGUUGGGGUUCUGGGUUUGAGAGGGACGUUUGCAGAAGCCAUACAGGUCCUUAAAGCCCAGCACUUGCCUGAGAAGUUGCUCUGUGGGCUGUGUGACGGCGGAGAGCCGCGUGGGUGCAGCGCCGCCGCCAGCGCGCCUCCGCUUGCAGCCCGGGGAGUGGGACAGUGCGUCUUUAUAAAGGUGGGGCUUUUGUAAUGUGAAAAUACACCUUAUGUGGGGUGGGUAUGUGUGUGUGUUCCCCCUCAGCUCUGCACAGGGAGAUCCUUCAGCAGUGUGGUGUCCCUACAGGCGUGUGGAUGGCGACUGUGGGCUCCAGUGUCACGUCAUGUAAGCACAACCCGCUGUGGCUGGCGGGCUGCGGGGGCCUGGAGCCACAACACCCCCUCUGCAAAGCCCAGCUGGCCACCACCAGCCAGCUUUGCUGGGGUCACCCCCUCCCUGGCACAUCUUGGCGUGGAGCCCCGUGUUUUGUCCUGGGCUCUUUGAUGGCAUCCGAGAGGUUGCCCCGAGCUUUGGCAGCUUUCUCUGGGAGGCUCGUCUGGAGUUGCCCAGUGUGAGGUGGAGCUCGCCUGGGGCAGCUCAGGGCCUGCUCUGGGGAUUAAUGAAGCAUUUUCCUCUGGUGAUUUUCACUUUUCACCACCUUGAGUAUGUCGAGCGAAAACGAAAAUCACCCCUGAGGCCUUUCUAGCUCUAGCUGUGCUUUAAUACCAAGCCUCACCUCUGCCUCCUCGUCUCACUGGGCUCAGCUGGGCUGUUGCAUCUGCAGCACUGGCUCCUGGGGUGUGCUUUGUCAUCGUGGCUGUGCCAGGGGUGCCCGUGCAAUAACCCACCCCCUGCGUCCAACCCAACGCUUUCUCUGUGCUCUCGUGACGCAGAAGAAUCCAGGUGGUUCCUUUCUCCCACGUCCUUUACAGCCCCUGUUCCCUUCCCUUCUCGGUGGUGUAGCAUCCUGCUUGACCCAGGUGGGUGGAAGCAGCCUCCUGCCUGGCUGGAGGGAGGUGGUGUGGCUGGCAAUCCCUGGCUGCCUUUGCUGGGGCAGCUCUGGGGUUUUGCACUGACCCCAUUACACCUUGUGGGCUGAGCUUCGUGCUGAGGACAAGGCCCACUCAGGUGACAGAAAGGCUGGGCACAAGGACAAUAUGCAUUUGAUUAUUUCCUUUUUCCCUUUCCUCUGGGUUUUUUUUGAUGCUUUUUCUCUCUUUUACCCAGAACAGCUUUGUGAUGGGCUGAUCUUUGCAGUGCUCCCUACGGUUCCAUCCCUCCACAGCAGUGCAUGGCACGGGAGAGAUUUCAAUACCAAAGGUAGCAGAGGUGAAUUUCUUUCCCCACCCAUGUGCACACCCAGCUGCUCCCACCCAAACCCCAGCAAACCAGCUCCCUCCCCAGCACCAGCUCCCUCCCCCGCACGCCUCCUGCGUCUGCUGCCCCUUUGGAGACCCCAGAGAGGCUCCUUGGGUGCAGCUCAGGAGCUGCUGUCGGUGCCUUACAGAGGCCACAGUUUCCUCUUCUGUGCUUUUUUGCUUUCACUGAUGCUGGUUGGAAUGUUGCUGCCUGGCAGAUCCUUCAGCACCUGGUGAGGGGCGGCUGUAGGGGAGGGAGCUCAGAGCGGAGCUUGGCUGUGCCAGUGCCAUGGGGCCUGUCACACCACCUCCUCCUUUCCUCCUCCUUCCCACCUCUUUUCCAACUCCUCUUUACCACCUCCUCCUUUCCUCCUCCUCCUUUCCACCUCCUCCUU